AUGCUGAACGUGUCUCGAAGACUGGGCGACAUCGCUAGAAGAACGAUCAGCUCCUCUUGGCCGUCGAUGUCUCCGUCAAACGCCGAAAAGACAAUGGCCGAUCAACUGCGUUGUCGCGUCGAAGGUUGCACUGAAGUUGUCGUCGAAGACGUUUCCAGUUCGUUCAUUUUUCUCGAUCAAAAACCCCUAGUAUUCACAUUAAAAUGUCGCCGUGUUUUCGAAGCGAAAACAGUCGAGGUAUCGAUAGAGAUAUGCAGUAGACAUAAAAGAAAAAAUAAAACUGUAUUUAUUGUUAUUAAUAUCGGGAGUUCAGACGGGUGCGGCUCGAUGUUUAACGUGUUCGUCGAGGCCACUAGCUUCCAAGGCAAAACCAAAGUUCAGCAACACAAAAUCGUUACUGGUUCGUAUUUUGAUUCGCUUUUUGAAUACGAAAGCUUCUUGGUAUAAUUGAACCAAAUUGUAGGUAUUUUGCGGGAACAAAUCAAAGAUAUGCACGGGCUCACGAUAACAACUCAAGUUCCGAAAAAAUAGAAUUCGGUAGGGAAAUUUAAAAAUUUAUAUGUAAUAAAUAUGUCGAUUGCGGUUGAAGAACUUUCAAAGAACAGAAAAAAAUACUCGAAAUUAUUCGUUACAUAAAACUUUACUAUAGCCCGUGUAUAGCCUGUUUAACAAUUUCACGGAACGACAUUCCGCUGUGCCGCUGCGCGCCUUUGCGAACCUUGGUCGCGUUUUAUUUAUUUAUUUAUCUUUAUUAAGGUAAUCUACUUUCAUUUGCUCCCACAGAAAUAAAAAUCAAUUGAAAGCGUGACCUAGAUUCGAAAGACGCUUCGCGACCACACGCAGCGAAACAGCGGAAUGUCGUUCGGUGAAAUUUCAAGUCUUGGCACAGAGACUGAGACGCCGCUAUUUAGUAACCAGGGACAUUGCCUCAACUACAGUAUACCUGUUCGGUUGAGCACUUUUGCCUCAUAUUCCAUAUUUUUUACAGACCAUUGUUUUUAAUCGUUUUUUUUUCCUUUCCCAUAUAUUUGAACGGUUCACUGAUGGCGUUUGCAAUAAUCGCCAUUUUCAGUAAAAGUCAGAAAAAAGAAGCUGUUCUCGGAUAUCUUCCGGCAAACUUAUAUUCACCCUUCAACCACGUUCAAAACAGUUUUAUUAUUAGUUAGUAAUGGUUGAAUUUGAGUGGGUUCAUAUAGUCUGUUCAGAUUUGGAGUGUCAAGUCAUCGCUUAAACAACGACUUUACUCCAGAAGAAUGCGUGUAAAAUUGCGGUGUCCUGUCGAGCAAUGCCAAAAAAAGAGCAAAAGAGAAGAUAACUUUGUGCGGCAUCUUGUAUCAGCACAUAAUGUACAAAAAGCUGGAGGCUAUAAAAAAAUGAAAGACAAGUCAAAAAAAUUGAAUCUUGUAAGACAGGUUAGGAAAGUUCAAUGAGGCAUCCUUACGCUAAUUCAGAAACAUCAUAAUGAGAGUUGCGAAGAGAGAAGAGCCGAACAUCACAAAAACUCUCGCAACACUACAUUCGGAGUUGGUUGACACGAAACAACGUUUUCUUUCUUCUGUUUCUCUCCCGCCUUCAACUGAUUUCCAAGAAAUACUUGUUCGUCGAGAAAAACUACUUAUUCGUGGUGGUAGCGCUCCACGAGACCUUCCGAUUGAUCUGCUCAAGGUAAAAAUUUAAAAAUCCAAUAUAAAAAAUUUUUUCACAAAGGUCGGAAGUAAUCCGUCGAAGAGCUCCGAAACACGCGAAGAAACCUUUUUUUGUGAAAAAUUCGGCGAUCUCGCACUGCGCUAUUUGUUUCAAUGUUUUAUUUCGAAAAAAUUCCUGAACCUAAAAGUUUAUCUCACCAUGGUCAGAAGGAUUGCGGAGAAAGUAACACUGAAAUGAUCGAAUGGCUUAAGUGUACGUUCUGCGCACUUUGGGCCCAUUUGCUGUGUACAGAACAACUGCCUAGAAGGAAGUGUCUUUGCUCAAAUGGCAUCUUCGAAUUCAAUCAAUCAAUUUCGAGCGACAGCGAUUAA